AUAAACUAUAAAUUACUUAAUACUUAAUCCUUUUACCUAUUUUCGACAACUGACGGUCUCUCUCUUUAAUUAAGCAUGUUAGUAAUCCUGUGUGUCCUUCCUUCUCGUUUACCCUGGCCUUCUCGGCCGGGUACCUGCUUAAGGACAUCGAUGCCUAACUAGCCCCGUACUCUAUCGGACAUAUCAGUCUCAGGAAGAGGCGCGACGGAGUUUCCAAUUGCAUAUCUCCUCCCUCCCGGAUAUACGGAUGGCCAUGUUUCCGACAAGGCCCGUUACAUACAUACGUAAAUACCUACCUACCUACAUACAUACAUACAUGAGGCAGAGCAAGGAAUUUCCAACAGCUCUUACUCAACCGUCAAAUGAAUUCCUUGUCGGCCGUUUCACCCGAUCGCCUAGGCGCGUGCGAAUAGCCGGGCGUCUCUCCUCAACCUGUCAUUUUCUUCUACGCCGUCGCCAUUUCAGAGCACCACCACCAUCACCACCGUCACCAUCACCAUCACCAGCAGUAGCACUAGCACUAGCAUCCAUCCGGUGUGCGUUAAGAGGGGCCACCACUUCCGCCCCCCUGUCCUGUUUGGCAUCGUCCAAGUUGAGGGGUUCCGAGGCUCAGGCAAUCGUUAUCCCCGACCGAUUCCAUCCAGCUCCUGUCCCGUCCCACCCGGUGUAAUCCGGGGCGCCGCAUGAUGGACACUCGGCCCGGCGGGUACCAGACCAGCGUCUUUCGCGCGCAGCCGGCCGAGGGACUUCAACGCAAGAUCCAGAAGCGUAACCGCCCUCCCGUCUCCUGCCUCCUGUGCCGCACACGCAAGGUGAAAUGCGAUCGCCAGCAGCCGUGCGAAAGAUGCGUCAAAAGUGGCGAGGCCAACUUUUGCGAGUAUGCUCCGCGUGCUUCACGUAAGCCACGCACUGAUUCGCGGCCGCCGGCAGAUGUGAGGUCGAGGCAUGAGCCCAUGUCCCGCCCCGUCCUCCAGGUCCGCCUCCAGAAGCUCGAGGAGAUGGUCAACGGCUUGAUCUACACCUCGCGGGGUCGGGAGCAUACCCUUGACACCCCCUCCAGUUCGGACCAGCGGACGGAGGCCGAGACUCGCUCCGACCUGAGCUCCCCGCCGAGCUUGGCGCAACCGUGCGGGUCGCUUCUCCCCACUUCGCUUGGUGGUGAGCGCAGUUAUGUUGGUGCCACGCACUGGGCUUCCAUCCUUGAGAGCAUCCACGACAUCCAGGGGAUUCUGGAGACUGAGGCGGAGGCACCGCCCACUCCCUCCCCCUCGCCCCAGAGUAUGAACCCGGAUAGCCCCGACGUCAUAUUUGGCAAGCUGCCGCCCAUUACUGUUGCGCAGGCCGUCGCCCGUUUACCUCCCCGGACCAAGACGGACCAACUCAUUUUGGUUUAUUUCCGUCACAAAUUCACGACUGCGCCGUACAUUCAUACAACCAAAUUCCAGAGGGAAUACGACAAUUUCUGGGAAGACCCAACCACCACCAGCCUCUUGUGGGUCAGUUGUCUCGCCUCUAUGCUGUGGGUCGCGUCAUCGAUAUCCAUCCUGAAGGGUGAGUCCAGGGGCGAGGAAUCCGAUGUGGCCUUGCCCGAGAAAUUGUUUGCGUUGGCGGCUGAGUGUCUCGUAUCCGGAGACUACUUAUCUGCAAAGCCUUAUUCCAUCGAAGCGCUCCUGCUACACAGUUACACGGAGUUGCAAAAGAAUAGGGAAAUCGACUCCAGCUUGUGGGCUAAGUUCGGCCUCGUCGCUCGACUUGCGCAACGCAUGGGAUAUCACAGGGAUCCCAAGUAUCUCUCCAACGUCACACCUUUCGAAGGUGAACUUCGCCGGCGGGCUUUCUUCUUCAUCGAGGUUUUCGACGUUCUCUUCUCCUUCCAGCUAGGCAUGCCCCCAAUCAUCCGUGAUGACGAGUGUGACACCGAAUCCCCUAGUAAUCUCUUCGACUCAGACUUUGACGAAAAUGUCACGGCCCUACCUCCACCACGACCGUCUACCGAGCCCACAUCCACUUUAUACUUGAGUUACAAAUCGAAGCUCUGUCGGCUACUACGCCGAGUAAUUCGCUUCGCGCUCUCAAUCCAGCGACCACCAUACGAAGAGAUCGCCAAACUAGACGAUGAAAUCCACCAGUAUCACGCUCAAGUGCCCCCUACGUUGCAGAUCAGACCCAUACGCUCAUACAGUUUCACAGACCAAACCUACGAUAUCAUGCACCGACUCAUGUUAGAGAUGAUGUACCUAAAAAGUCUUUGCGUGUUACACCGACCGUAUCUUAGUCGCGAGAAGGACAAUCCCCGGUACGACAAGUCGCGGAAUACGUGUCGAGACGCGGCCCUUAGAAUCCUAGAUCUCCACGCUGAGUAUGAAGAGGAGAGCAGGCCUGGGGGUAGGAUACACGAGGAUAAGUAUAUGCUCUCGGCCUUGACUCUUCACGACUUCUUGAUCGCGUCGAUGAUCCUAUGCCUCGACCUGACCGAAAGUUUGCCGAGCAGGUCAGUCCACAAGUGGUGGCGACGACGGUUCUUGUUUGUUGACAUCUAUUUAGUCUUGCAGAUCGAUCGAGGAAGUUGAAGGCCUUGGGGACGUCAUACAAGAUGUGGUCCGAGAGGAAGCAAAGUUCCAAGGACGCGGCGCAUGCUACUCGGGUCGUGGGUGCUAUCCUUAGGAGAGUUUCAAUGCAAGAUCCCGCCACGAAUCGUUCGCCGCCACCGCCGCCGCCAAAGCCCGAGGUGCGGGAUGGCUCAUUAGCUAGCCUGCUGAACAACGACGUCCAGCCGGUCGCCGAUCCGUUGCAUGCCUCAUUUGCCAUAGCAAUGCCCCCUAUCGAUUUCUCACCAGACUGUCUCAACAACUUGCCACUAGAGGACAUGCUGAAUGGCCACAGCACCGUUGACUGG